CACUUUGAACCAUAUAUAUAAAUUAUUAAGCUAUAAACCAAAUAGAGUUUGGGAUGUUCUGCCAACUAAAACCCAGAAGAUGCCAUGAGCUAGUCAAUGUUCACUCGGAAAGUACUGGCAUCAUUUAUGGCAUUUAAAUGGAGAGAAACGGUUGGUGACUGUUAACUUCCCUUCCGCUUUCAAUAUAAAUUAGAACAGAUCAGAGAUUGGUCCAAUUCAUUUUGCAUCUAUUCUUGGGGCUUGGGUUCUUUAUUGACUCAGGUUUUCAAAAAGCUUUCUUUGGCUUCAUUAUUCAGUUUUGUUGGGUUAUUAGCUUUGAGAUUUGAACAUGGGGGAGGAAUACGAUAUUGUGAAUUUGAUUGUGUUGGGAGUGAUCUCAUGGACGACAGUUUUUCUACUUGUCCGAAAAAUCUUCUCCGACCGCUCCUUUGAACUUUGCAACCGCAUUGUUUCUACAAUCCAUGGGAUUUUGGCUGUGAUUUUAGCCUCGCUCUCUGUUGAAGAUUGGAGCUGCCCUGUUUGUCCUUUGGCUUCGGCUUCUACGCCUAAGCAGAGGCAAGUUUUGGCUGUUACCGUAGCUUAUCUUAUAUAUGACCUCAUCUGCUGCCUCUUUGACGUCAAAUUCACUCUUGACAACACAGUUCAUCACUUGGUCAGCAUCGUUGGUCUUGCAGCUGGCCUUGCCUUUCAAUUGUGUGGAUCAGAACAAGUUGCUGCCAUAUUCAUAACGGAGAUCUCAAGCCCUUUCCUCCACGCCAGGGAACUGCUUAAAGAAUUCGGUUACAGGGACACCGAUCUCAAUUUAGCAGCUGAUGUCCUAUUUGCUGUAAUAUUCUCAGUAGCAAGGAUGGUGGGUGGACCUUAUGUGACUUUCGUUACUCUGACAGCUAAUAACCCGCUACUUAUCAAGGACUUCAGUUAGUGAGUACUUUCUGGUUCUACAAGAUUGUAAAGAUGGUGAAGUACAAGCUUACUAAAAGAAGGAAGCAGGUGGGCAUGCCUGGAAAAUUGGACUGAAGCUGUGUUACAUACUAGUGAACUAGGCUGCAUAAAAUAUUCAGUAUCUAAUUCACUUCAAGUAUCCACACAGCUGAUAGUUUAUUAAGGGUUGAAAAUUGAAAUAUACUGCGUAAACAUGCAGGAUUCUAUGUAAGACUUAAAAAAAAAAAAAAUCAAAUCAUGAAUUAUUCGGUUGUACUUGUAAA